AUGGUGUUUUGUGUUGAAGUCCCAGUUCAUGGGAAGAAGUUUGCCAAGGAGACGAUGCUGCCUUCUGUGCUGGAAGACGAUGACGCAGAAACAGAAACUGAGAAACUGCAGCUGGGGGAGCAAAUAGUGAGCGGAACAGAGGUCGACGUGCGUGGGCCAAAGGACCGUUGCUCAAGCCCUGAUGGGAACAUGCUAGACGGAGGUGAAAGAGAGGUUGAAGAGGAUGAGGAGAAAGAGGAGGAAGAGAAUGAAGAGGAGCUGGGAGGAGAGGAGUAUGUGAUCUCUGAUGAGGACUACGACACAGAUUUGGAGCUCGGAGAUAAGGAGGAGGCAUAUGACCCAACCGGGCAGACGUGCUACAUGGAGGCAUGUGAAACAUUACAGGUGGUACCUGCCUCUUACUUCCUGCAACAUAUGCAAAAUAGCGAGAUGUGCCUGAUGCAUCGUGGUCUAGGACCUCAGGGCACCAAAGCACUGGCGGUUCCCCUGGUAACCAACACUUCAAUACUGAGGCUGAACCUGCGAGAUAAUUGGAUGGAAGGAAUGGGCGGAGCUGCUAUAGCUGAGAUGUUAAAGGAAAAUUGUUACAUUACAGAGGUGGACCUUUCCGACAACAAUCUUGGGGAUUAUGGGGCCAGAGCCAUAGCUGGUAUGCUUAAGGAGAACAUCACACUGGUGUCACUCAAUCUGUCAGGAAACCAUUUCACAGACCGGUCUGCUGAAUACUUUGGCCCAGCACUGAUCACCAACACCAAGCUACAGCACCUCGACCUCAGCCACAACGCUCUAGGAGAGCGUGCAGGGCAAAACCUGGGAGACUCUCUGUCAGAGAACACAGGGUUGCGAUCACUAAGUCUGGCCUGGAACUGCAUCCGAGGGAGAGGAGCUGUGAUGUUGGCUAAUGGACUCGGGGGAAACAUUUUCCUUAGAACAGUGGAUCUGUCAUUUAAUGGUUUUGGUAAAGAAGGAGCCAUUGCUUUAGGAGAGGCUCUGAAAGAGAACUCUGUUUUGGAGGAGUUGAAUGUGAGUAACAACCGAAUACCCCCUGAAGGAGCGAUUCGCCUAGCCAUGGGCCUCAAAGUAAACAAGACAAUCAAAUCCCUGAAUAUUUGCAAGAACCCCAUCCAGAAUGUGGGGUGCUAUGGGAUCCUCAAGUCGAUACAGGGAAACCCAGAUUCGGCUAUGGAGGCAUUAGACUUUUCGGACAUCACAUUGAACCGGGAUUUUGAAGACUUGUAUACGGCAGUGAAAGAAAUAUUCCCUGCGCUUACAGUAAAUCACGGGGACAAAUUUGGCACAUUCAGAAAAGCAAAAGCUUGAAAAUUGUUUUUGUGUAGAUUGUGUAAAAAAAAGGGUAAU